GUUCAUUUCACUCCUCUCUCUGAAGUGAAUGGAUUUGAAUCUGUUUUUCAAUUUGGACUUCAGAAUAUUCUUGAGUUUUUCUUUGGAAGAGUGUCGUGGUAAGUUGAUUUUUUUAAGCUAGUUGUGAGUUGAGCUUUAUAAGCGUUAACCAAUUAGGUUCUCGUUGUUGAAUAAAUAAAGAACCAUAUGACGACGAUUGAUCUGAUAACUGUGGAGUGUCUAAGAGGGAGACUACUUGCAGAGAGGCAAGUUUCAAGGUCUGCUAAAGAAGAAGCAGAGCUCAUUACCAGAAGGAUGAAAGAGCUGGAGAAACAUCUGAAAGAAGAGAUCAGAUUAAGGGAGAAAGCAGAGAAGAGACUCAAGUUUCUGAUGAAAAAGCUUGAAUUCAUUAAAGGAUCAUCACACUGUUCUGAGGAUUCAGAGCAAUCCAGUUCAUCUGAAGCUUCUUGUUUGUCAUCAGUUUCCACUUCAGCAACCAAAGAAGAAGAAAAAGAAUCUCAUGAAAAUGGAUUUGUGGAGGAAGAUGAAAUUAAUCAAGCAACCGUUGAAAAAGAGUCACGUUCAAAGCUCAUAGAUCUUUCUUCUGGUGAAGAGAGUGUUGUUGCUUCAUCCUCAAGUCAUGAAGGACAAUCCCAGUUGGUAUUGAUUUUUUCUGAGCGCUCAAAAUACAUCUUAAGAGUUCAAAAUUUUAAACCGAGAAGUUCAUGUUAUGUUGUAUUUCAUUUCAUUAUAACUUAUAAGUGGGUAGUUAUUAGUUAUCCCUAACUAUUAUGAGUUAGCGUUGACAUUAUCAUGUUGUAAACCUAUUGGUUUUGAUGCAUUAGUAAUGGUUUUAUGAAAUAAAAUUUACAUUUUAAA